AUGCGCGCUGCACCCAGGACAGGGAGGAAGCACCACCGUCUGCUGGAGGCCUCCCCGGCCCGGUGGCCCGAGGUGGUGGGCUUGACCCCACGAGACGACGACAGCACCCCCAGGAGGGAGACCAGCAUCUCCUGGGAGCAGCAAAGACGUUCCCCGAAGGUCACUCCAAGGUCACCUUGGAAAGUCUCAGCCGCCACCACCACCACCACCACCGAGCUCCAGCCCACUCUCGUGCAGCCACGUGACAGCGAUGACCUGUCCACCUGGGGGGGAGCAGACUGCACUGAGCACAUGAGAGCACGUGGAGUCCUCGCCCAACACCCUGUAACCAGGUGGGAUGGGACCACACCACCAACACUCCGAAAUCAGGUGGCAGGGAAGAGAAAAGGAAAGCUGGGGAUACGUGCGCCGCCGCUGGUCACUGACCGGUCCACUCGAACCCACACGGGAGAGAGAACCCUGGCCCCCAAGAAGACCUCCCUCGUUCGGUCAGCCUUCGACGCGCACACAGUAUUUUCAGAAUCGCCACACUCAUACUGCCGCUUGCAACAGCAACGACCCUGUAACGGGAAGCUCAAGGCUUCAGAUCAGAAAACCACGUUCAAGAAAAGCCAGCCAUCGCCACCGGGAACAGACUCCAUGGGCUGGGAGAAGUCCCCCAAGGGUCCCCCGGUGCACCUGCAGCAGCCAGGGAUCAGGCUCCCAGAAGUGGAGCACAGCAGACCUCCGCCCACCCGGGGAGCGCCCCUCCCAGGCCUCUGGUGUCCCAACCCGUCUUCACAGCAGCGGCCAAGCGCCCCUGGCACGCGCCUCGCCUCUAGAUCCAAGACAAGAACUGUCCUGGACCGCUGGUUCAAAUCCAGCAUGCCCACGGCCGUCUGCACGCCUCCACACAACCUCUCUGCUGCUGACUGCACAUUUGCUGGGUCACGGGGGGAGAAGCUUCAGAGGGGACGGAGUGAGAAGGCCCAGCAGCUGGGCCUUACUCCUGUGAAACUGUCUGAGCUCCAUGCCGACCUGAAGAUACAAGAGCGGGACGAAUUCAAGUGGAAGAAGCUGAAGGCUGAGGGCUUGGAUGAAGAUGGGGAGAAGGAGGCAAAGCUUAUCCGCAGUCUCAACGUCAUCCUGGCCAAGUACGGUCUGGACGGGAGGAAGGACGCCCGGGCUGUGAGCAGCAACUUCCUCAGCCACGACGCCCAGGACGACAGCCUGGAGGACCCUCGGCUGGAGAAGCUGUGGCACAAGGCGAAGACCUCCGGGAAGUUCUCCAGCAAAGAUCUGGACAGGCUGUGGCGGGAGUUCCAGCAUUACCAGGACAAAGUCCAUGAGUACAAUGUCCUGCUGGAGACCCUGAGCGGGACAGAAGAAGUUCACGAAAACGUCGUCAGUGCUGCCGACAUGACCCGCGUCGAGGAGGAGGUGCUGCGGAGCAGACACGCCGAGCUGAAGGACAGGCUGCGGGACGUGAGCCAGGGCUUCGAGCGCCUGCGGAAAGUCAGCCACCAGGGCUACGGCGCCCAGGCCGAGUUCGAGGAGCCACGGGUGAUGGACCUCUGGGACCUGGCCAGGGCAGCCAACUUCUCCGAGAAGGAGCUGGAGUCCUUCCGGGAAGAACUUAAGCACUUUGAAGCCAAGAUUGAAAAGCACAACCACUAUCAGAAGCAGCUGGAAAUUUCCCAUCAGAAGCUGAAGCACGUGGAGAGCUUCGGUGACCCGGAGCACAUCAGCCAGAACAAGGAGAGGUACGCCCUGCUGGAGGAGAAGACCAAGCAGCUGGGCUACAAGGUGAAGAAGCACCUGCAGGACCUGUCCAGCCGGGUCUCCAGAGCGCGCCACAACGAGCUCUGAGCCCCGGGAGCCUGGCCGCAGGACUCCUGAAGACAGCCAGUGGGGGACGGGCCACAAGGGUCCCGAGCGAGAAGAGGAGCUGCGUGACCCCCACCUCCCCCUGGCCAGCACGGCCCCGCCCGCAGCACCGCUGGCAGUCACCUCUGUCAGGAACGCUGAUUUCCAGCUGCCCGUGCUGCAGGGCCAGUUUGCAUCAAAACCUUAUCAGUCUGCUGCUGGAAACGGUGUGUCCAGAAGUGCUCAGAAAUACACUGCAGUGGUCAAGUCCUGAGCUUGUUGGUGUCACUGGUUCCUGUUUCACUGUCUGCUGGGCUGGUGACUUCAGUCACAGGUGUGGGCUCCCGAGGCCCCUCUUCCGUCGCCCCCUCCCCCAGCUUCUCUGUGGCAUGAGAUGGAGGAAGGGGUCAUGGACGUGGCUCAGCCUCCCUGGUCAGGCGGCGGCGAAGGCAGGGUGGGGACGCGGCGCCGUGGCCUCUGAGCCGAGCCCUCGUGGGGCUGCCUUUCUCCUCCUGCCCCCACAGGACGGGCUCGGGAGCAGCCCGCGGGGCUCCAUCCAGCGGAAGUGCCUGGUUCUCGCUGCAGGAGGGCUCGGGCCCAAGUCAGGGAUGGGUCCACAGCACACCUGGGUCCUGGAGGCUCCGCUGGGCGCUGCCUUCCCGCGUUGGCCUCAUCAGAUCUCAGCACCAGCACUGGGAUCCGCUGAGCACGGGUUUCCUGUUGCUGUUACAAGAAGAGGCAAGGCCAAGGGCACCGUGGCGGGACUGUGCAGGGUGUUGCGAGCACAAGCGGGGAGGCGGCCCCACUCCUCCCUGGGUCGUGGGGCCUGCACCGCCCCUGUGCCUGGGCCUUCACGUCCUGUCUGCCACCACCCAGGCCAGCUGCCACGGGCAGGGCUGGGGUGACUGCACGGAGGCACGUGUGCGAGGCUCAGGGGAGAGCUGCUCUUGCGGGGCUGAGAGCCCCCAUUUGCCUGCAGGGCCUGGCCCUCAUGGUUCACGGCAGGGGCGCUGCCAGGCCUGGGGAGGCUGGCACUGGACAUGGAGGCCGACAGAGAAGGAGCCUCAACCAGUCCGGCCUCUGAGGAGCUGACAGCCCAGAGAAAUGGCCUUCAGACCGGAGCAAGAGAGAGGGACGGGCCUUCACUGUCGCUCGCCGCCUCCAGCCCUGGGGGAGGUGGGUGAGGAGGACCCCCCCCCAAGUCAGGGGCAGUGGCUGCACUGUUUGUAGCUUCUAAAUGAUCCCUUUGAAGUAAAACGUACGUUCGCUAAAGGGC